AAAAAUGUAGUUUUCAAUCUGAAGUAAGUUUCUUCUCUCAAAAAAUGGGAGAAGCAAAGGAGCUAUGGAUGAAGCAUAAAGUUUGUUCACUUCCAAGUUCAUCAGCGUUGUUUCCGAAAUAAGCAUAUCUAUAUAGCAGAUGAUGAGUAUCUAAAGGCGAAUAUGAUUAGGCUAUUGCACUAUGAUCUAUUACUAAAUGAUAUAUCUGAUGUUAUAUACAUGGGUAUGUUUAAUUAUUCGUCGUGGUAAAGAUGUCUAUUUACAAGAAGGAUAUGUACAUGAAAGCGCGAUCUUCACGCUUUACAAUUGCUUUCUUCAACUGCAACAAAAAGUCUCUGCAGCUCUUACGCUUCGUGCAUUUACUAUCGUCUUCAUCAUCAGAACUCAGUAUGAUGACUGAGUUCUCAUCAGAUAUGGUGGAGGACUGUGUAAUGGUAUAUUGGCUAGUAAGUGUGAAUUCUACCGACACUGGUUCCAAUGCUUGCACUUCAGGCUGCUGUUCCUGCUGCUCAUAUUCUAUAGUGGAAGCUUCAUUAUCGGCUUCUGAUUGUUGCUGUUGCUGUUCCUGCUGUUGCUGCUGUUCGGUGGGGGACCCUGACAACGGAGGAUGUGAGACGCUUUUUCUCAGCUUUCGUGUGUGUUUCUUUGCAACUUGUUUCGUCAAUGCCGAUGCUUCACCAUUCGUGGAAUCACUGAGAAUUUCCGAAGAAGACGAAGACGUUGUUAUGAUUGCUCUUUGUUUUGAUGACUGAGGAAGGUGGAGUUGUGGAAUGAGUGGUUGUUUUUGCCAAGCUUUCAUCUGGGCUCCAUGUCUCAGGAUCGCUUACUGUUCGUGAUAUUUGUUCAUUAGACGUUGAAGUUACAGUCGUGGUUAUUUCGGAUGAAUGUGUAACACUGUUGAUUCGGCAGCCAUACUUGUUCAUUGUU